AUGUCGACCGGCGAGUCGUAUCCGAACCUGGCCGGACAGACUCUCAAUGCGGGCUCGAUGGCGGAUACAUCUGGCCUCGUCGCCUCGGACUGGUACACCCCAAGCACUGUAUGUACCACGUCGCCGUCCGAGUCGAGCAACGACAGGCCCGCGCUGGACCCGUUCGCCACGACCAUCGCUAACGACUGGCAGUACGCUUACAACGAGUCGUACAUGACGCCUUUCCCAACGACCACCAUGGAGAGUCAGCCCUGGCCGCAGUACGCGAGAGCGUCGAUCCCGGAUAUUUCUGUUCAGCCGUAUACGAUGCAUCCGCCUAGCUAUCAGCUGCCGCAAACGCUGUUCUCGACAAAGGACCUAUCGCGGCCGAGGAGUAGCCCUAGUACUUUUGGACCUGGAGCUGAACAUGUCUCGUGGCCUUCCACUGGUGGACUGGGUAUUUACUCGAGUGUGGCCGGGCACCCAACACCUCCAGUGACUUCGACCUUUCCGCCGAGUGUGUUCCAGCAGACGUAUGGCUCAGAGGAGCAAUAUGCAUCUUCAUCCACACCAGAGAUCCGACAACCCAUCCCCAAGCGACCAUUCCCAGCGCUUGCACCAAACCCAGAGCAAGUCGCCGCACAGAAGCGGAAGCGGGACGAAGAUGAGCAGCAAGAGACCACCCUCAGCUCCUCGAAGAAGCGCAAGCGAACGUCUUCCGUGGCAUCUGCCGACCUGAGCGAAGACGACCGCUUCCUGGUGCAGCUGAAGGAGGAAGAGAGCCUCCCUUGGAAGGACAUCGCCAACCGCUUCCAAACAGAUCGCGGCAAGAACUUCCAAGUCGCGGCAUUGCAGAUGCGCUACAAGCGGCUCCGCGAGAAGUUUCGGGUAUGGCAGGACGAGGACGUCAAAGCGCUGAAGCAGGCGCACGAGUACUGGGAGAAGUACAAGUGGGAGAUUAUCGCCCAACGGAUGCUCGACUACGGCAUCAACGAACGCUGGCCCGCCCGCCACUGCGCCCGCAAAUGGCAGGACCUCGAAACCACAGCCGCCGCCUCCCUCGCUUCCACCGUCGGCUCGAUGCCGGGUCUCACGCACUACUCGAGCCCGGUGGAGAACGCGACACAUUUCACUUUCAUGCCUAUGCAAUGA